GGUCAGGGACGGAGGAUGGGGUAGAACAUGGAGCAACAGAAACCGUCGUAACCACAGCACUGAAGAAGAGGAAGAGGAGGAGGACGAUGAUGAUGAAGACGAGCGAUGUUGGAGCAGCGCUGACAUGAGGAGGCUCGUAUUUGCCAGGACGCACGCACCUGGUUCAGAAGGCCCCUCCUCCCUAGGCUCCACCCCCUCCUGUUGCCAUGCCGACAGACAGCUGGGGGCGGACACCUUGAGGCUGAGAGCUGGGCUUUUCUGUGUCUUCCCAUAUUUGGACUUGCGCUCGUUGCUGUGUGCGGCCGAGGUGUGCACUGAUUGGCGGUUCGUUGCCAGGCACCCGGCUGUUUGGACACGCCUCUGGCUGGAAAACGCCAGAGUGUCAGCUGAGUUCCUGAUCACCCUGUCUCAGUGGUGUACGCAGACUCAGACUGUGGUUCUCAACAACCUGAAGCCACGAAGCAGACGAGCCAAUGAGACGCGAGAGGAUUACCACAGGAGCACCAGGGGCAGUCUGGAGUCUGGGGUGGAGGCUCUGCUGCGGUCAGCAGGGGGCAGUCUGCUCCACUUGUCUGUAUCUGAGUGUCCUCACAUCCUCACUGACCGGACGCUGUGGUUGGCCAGCUGCUACAGCCGCAACCUGCACACGCUCACAUACAGGUGAGUGUCUCACUCUCUACC